AGUUUCCAUUUUGUCCAUCCAGCUGCUUUCCAUUCUUCUGAAUCACACUUGAUUUUGUGUGGAAACCCAGGAAGUCAUUGUGCAACUUAUAUUAGGUGUGUUCAACUGUUCAUACCCCGGUUUGUGAACCCGUGCGUGAGGCACGCUGGUCUUGACAACUGCUCAAAAAAAACCUAUCAAUCUGAACAACAAAGCAUCCAAGCCUUGACUAAUAUCUAAUCUGACAAGAUAUUUUCGCCCAGGACGCAGAUAGAUUCCACCCCGAUCGCCAUGUGUAGGCCAUCUGGCCAUGCAUCCACUCUUCUGUUCUCCCUCCUCCAACAACAUGAGCAGCAGCAAGUUCUCAAUGCCAUCCAUGGCCUUGCCCUCGUGCUGCUGAUCACCUCCUUGGCCUCUCCCACCAGCUCUUGCACAGAGCAAGAAAAAAACCUCCCUCGUCAGGUUCCUCGCCGGGCUCGCUCAGGACGCGUCAUGGAGGAAUGGCACAGAUUGCUGCACAUGGAGGAAUAACUUCAUCAACACUUUGUCUGGCAAAGGAACCACAAAAGGAGCAAUUUGCAACCUAAUAAAAAACUUUAAAGGGGUAAAAACAGGCAAAACCCACUAAAUGGGGUAAUUCAUCAGAUGAAUAAUUGUUAAACGUGGUAAUUAACUACUGGGUAAAAACUGGAAUUCACUCUAAAAAAACAAAAUCAUAGCCCUUGGAUUGAUAUAUCAAUGGUGUGGAAUGCAGCUAGCAUGCCGUGUAAGACACGUUGUGCCCUGACAGCAUCAAUGGUCUAGUCACGGAAGACUUGAGUGUGAUGGCAAGACACGUUCCAGCUUAAUAGGAGGAGCGCCAGUGUUGCCUGGUGCAUACGUUCCGGACCAUGGCUUGUGAGUUCUGUCAGCCAGCAUAGCGUGUGUGGACUUGCAGUGGCACCCUGACUCAUUCCUCCGACAUAUCGGAAUCCGGCGUGGCCUGGUCCAUACGAUGGCUGUGUUUUGCACAGCGCUGUCUUGACAACUGGUAAGAAUAAUCCCUAUCAGUCUGAACAACAAAGCAUCCAAGUUUUGACUGUUGUCUUGUGGAGAAGAUAUUUUCGCCCAGAGAGUGCAUUUAAGCACUUGGCCACACUUUCCACUAAACCAUGCAUCCACUCUUCUGUUCUUCUGCCUCCAACAGCAUGAGCAGCAACAAGUUCUCGACGCCCAUCCAUGGCCUUGCCCUCGUUCUGCUGAUCACCUCCUUGGCCUCUACCACCAGCUCCUGCAGAGAGCAGGAAAAAACCUCCCUCCUUCGGUUCCUGGCCGGGCUCACUCAGGACGGUGGUCUCGCUGCGUCAUGGCGGAAUGGCACAGACUGCUGCACAUGGGAAGGCAUCACCUGCAGUACCGUGGAUGGCAUGAUUGAAGAAGUCUCGCUAGCCGAUAGAAGGCUCGAAGGGCGCAUAUCGCCGUCCCUAGGCAGCCUCGCUAGCCUGUCACGCCUGAACCUCUCCCACAACUCCUUGUCUGGGGCCGUGCCUCCGGCACUGUCGUCGUCUCACAGCAUCGCCGUCCUCGACGUGAGCUUCAACCGGCUCAGCUGGAACCUGCCACAAGAGCAACCGUCUUCUUCAGCUCUUGACCGCCGACAUAUGCAGAUGCAGGUGAUCAACAUCUCAAGCAACUCCUUCACAGGGCAACUUUCACCAGCCACAUGGGGAAUGAUGGAGAAUCUGGUUGUGCUCAAUGCCAGCAACAACAGUUUCACAGGAUCAAUCCCAUCUUUCUUGUGCCAGAGCGCGCCGUUCCUAACCGUGCUUGACAUCUCCUACAAUAAAUUCAGUGGCAGUGUUAGGCCAGAGCUUGGUAAGUGUUCUAUGCUACGGUCGCUGAAGGCUGGCCGCAACAACCUCACCGGGACUCUCCCAGAUGAGCUCUUCAAUGUCACCUCAUUGCGACACCUCUGUCUUCCCAACAAUGGGCUACAUGGAGCACUUGAUCCUGCACUGAUAAUCAAACUCAUCAACCUGGUUGUCCUCGACCUUGGAUGGAAUAUGAUCAGUGGUAACAUCCCAGAUUCCAUAGGACAGCUCAAGGGACUCAAGGAGCUCAGAUUAGACCACAACAGCAUGUCUGGGGAGCUGCCAUCGGCUCUCGGCGACUGCAGAAGUCUUGUAACCAUGAACCUCAACAACAAUGACUUCAGUGGGGAGCUUGGCAAGAUCAAUUUUUCCACCCUCUCCAAUCUGAAAACCUUGAAUGUUGGGUGGAACAACUUCACUGGCAUAAUUCCAGAGAGCGUCUACUUGUGCAGCAAACUGACUGUGUUACAGCUAUCUUUCAAUAAGUUACGUGGCCAGCUCUCGCCCAGAGCGCGUCACCUGAAGUCCCUAACCGUCCUAUCACUUGCUGGAAACAAUUUCACAAAUAUUAAGAGCGCACUUCAGAUCCUCAAGAGUUCUAGUGAUCUCACCACCUUGCUUAUUGGGAGCAACUUCAGAAAUGAGGAAAUACCAGGGGAUGAAACAAUUGAUGGUUUUGAGAAUAUUAAGGUUCUUGCCAUGGAAGAUUGCCAGUUGUUUGGGAAGAUCCCUCUUUGGAUAACACAUAUCAGAGAUCUGGAGAUGUUAUUCUUGUUUAAUAAUGAGCUAACCGGAUCUAUUCCAGUUGGAAUCGGCACCUUAAACUUCCUAUUCUACAUAGACCUAUCAAACAACGGCCUUACGGGGGAGAUUCCAGCAGGCUUAAUGGAGAUGCCAAUGCUGAGAUCAGAUACAAUCACGACAAGUUUAGACCCAAAGGGCUCUGAGCUGCCUACUUACAGCGGUCCUUCACCUCAAUACUACACUCUAGGUGCAUUCCCAGCAUUGAUGAAUCUAGGCAACAACAACUUAACAGGUGUGAUACCCCCAGAGAUUGGACAGUUAAAGGCACUUGUGUCACUCAUCUUGGGCUUCAACAGAUUGUCUGGAGAGAUCCCACGAGCAAUCUCUAAUCUCACAAACCUGGAGGCGCUAGAUCUGUCAAACAAUCAUCUCACCGGUACCAUUCCAGGCGCACUGAAUAAUCUACACUUCCUUUCUAGAUUCAACAUUUCCAAUAAUGACCUGGAAGGGUCUGUUCCACAUGGAGGCCAGUUCGAUACCUUUCCAAGCACGAGCUUUGAUGGAAACUCAAAGGUAUGUGCCUCUAUGCUCGUUCACAACUGCCAUUCAGUAGAAGUGCCUAAAGGCUCCACGGAACAAGGCUACAAGGUCAUGUUUGCCAUUGCAUUUGGUGUGUUCUUUGGACUAGGGGUACUCUUAGAUCAAUUAUGCUUAUCGAGGCUCUUUGGUUAGAACAUACUUCAGUUUCAAAAUGGACUUGGAUGAUCGAUGAUGGAGACAAUUGCUUCUAUUUUUCUCACCGUGAUGUAAGGGGAAAAUGUAUGAGCUCAUAUAUAGAGAGGUGGUGAGUAGAAAAAGACUUUCCUUAUUAAUGGCAAGAAAAACAAGUGGAUAGAAUCUGGCAAUUAAAAAUUGGUUUCACAUGAAGAUAUCAACAGUAAAGCAUUUAUAAAUUGUAAAUGGAGUUAAUAAUUUCAGUGUUGAAGAUUGAUUGAAACCACUACUUUACAUGUCACCAAAUCGAGAAAAAAAAACAGUAUCUACAGUGAUCGCAAAAUAGAGAAAUUUAAUUACGGUAAUAAGAACUAUACAUACUAAAAAUUUGUUCUGAUUCUUAGUAUGUAUAGUUCUUAUUGCCGUACUUAAAUCAUGAACAGGACAGGUAAUAAGAGAAGGCAGCACACCAUGUGGCAUCGCAGUGUGGGAGAACAGGACAGAUUGGCAGAAAUAGCUUGUUUUAUUUUCUUCUUCUUUAACAUGGAACAUCACUAACGGGCUAGCCAAAUCGCUAGCAACCGCAGCCGAUUUUUUUCCCGAACUGGGCUAACCCAUUUCCAUUAACAUGGAAAUAUCAAGUUCUUACAAGACUGAAGAUGGGAUCUGGAGAGACGAGAAGCGAGUUUGACGCACUUGUGGAAUAUAUUUACGUUGUCCUAAGAAAAUCAAUCAGUAACUAUUAUUCAAGAGGUAAACUAAAGCUGCCGAGUGGUGCAAGCAGGAAGCUCAAUUUAUGUAUCUCAUAUGGAGGCAGUGGCGGAGCCAGAAAAAAUUGAUUAGGGAGGGCCAGACUACAUGAAAAUAGGUU